CGUUAGGUGGCGGGCUGGGCAGAGAGGCGGGCUGGCGAGUACAUCCGGGUCAAGGCAUGACCUCAAUCCCCGACCCGAAAUUAGAAAAUGGCGGAGCCUUCCGUUGGAAGCUCGAGCCCAGGGGGUUCAGCAGGCUCAGAGGACCAUGAUUUUGAUCCAUCUGCUGAUAUGCUUGUGCAUGAUUUUGAUGAUGAACGAACACUUGAGGAGGAGGAAAUGAUGGAAGGUGACAACAAUUUCAGCUCAGAAAUUGAGGACCUUGAAAGGGAAGGUGAAAUGCCAAUCCAAGAUUUAUUAAAUUUGUAUGGUUAUGGUAAAACUGUUCCAUUCCCUGAUGAGGAAGACGAUGAUGAUGACGAUGAUGAUGAAGAUGAGGAUGAUGAAGCAGAGGAGGAUGAUGAUGGAGAUGAAGGAGAUAACGAAGAAAAUAGUGGAAGUAGUGAAGUUCCAGAGGCAGAGGAUCUACCCGUCUUAAAUCUAAAUCAGCAAGAAAUACCAAAAAACUCACGUGGACCAGAUGAUGAAACUCUGUCUUCUAACGAUGACCUUGCACCAUUGAUUACCUCACAAGAUGUACAAGAGAUGAUCCGUCCACGCAGAUGUAAAUACUUAGACAUAGGCAAUGAAGGGGAAGAAGAAUCUGAUGAUGAUGAAGAUUAUGUGCCCUCAGAAGACUGGAAAAAGGAGAUCAUGGUGGGAUCCCAAUACCAGGCUGAAGUUCCUGUAGGCUUUUAUAAAUACAAAGAGAAUGAAAAAGUAUAUGAGAAUGAAGACCAGUUGUUGUGGAAUCCUGAUUUUCUACCUGAGAAUAAAGUGGUGGAAUUUCUUUGUGAUGCUAGUAAGCGCACGGGUGAGGAGAAAGGAUUGGAUGCAAUACCAGAAGGCUCGCACAUAAAAGACAAUGAACAGGCGUUGUAUGAGUUGGUUAAAUGCAACUUUGAUACAGAGGAAGCAUUGCGAAGAUUGAGAUUUAAUGUGAAGGCAGCCAGAGAAGAACUCUCAAUUUGGAGUGAAGAAGAAUGUAGGAAUUUUGAACAGGGACUUAAGGCAUAUGGAAAAGAUUUCCAUCUGAUCCAGGCUAAUAAGGUGAGAACACGGUCAGUAGGGGAUUGUGUAGCAUUUUAUUACAUGUGGAAGAAGUCUGAGCGUUAUGAUUUUUUUGCACAGCAGACUAGAUUCGGAAAAAAGAAAUACAAUCUUCAUCCAGGUGUUACGGAUUAUAUGGACCGUCUCCUGGAUGAAACUGAGAGCACAGCUUCCAGUUGUGCACCUUCACCACCUCCAACCACCUCAAACAGUAGCAGUAGUCAGACAGAAAGGGAAGACACUGCUGCAAUAGGAAGUAAUAUGAAUGGGACAAAUACUAAUGGUCCAGUUGAAACAUCAGAUCAAUGGCAUGAUUAUGGCGAAAUCAAGGGAUUGAGCUACAAUGGACCUGUCAAUAAUUCUGCAGUUUCUGGACAUGCAAAAAUGAGCACAAAUGGCUGUGAGAAAGAUGAUUUAUGCGAUGUCAAACUGAUAAAUGUACAGAAUGAAAAUGACGAGUCUGAAUCAAGUUGUGAAAGACCAGCUAAGAGACUAAAAACCGAUAAUGACUCUGGAAAUGAAAAGAACAGUGUAAACAUUUCAGAAGCAAGCCUGCACCUGAAAUCUGAAGACACUGAGAAUUUGGCUGUUCUGACUGACUCAUCAAGACACCAAAUGCCUGUUGAAUUGGAUGCUCCACAAAUCUGAAGAACAUGAAAUAACCCAGUUUUGGUUUUGGGGCAUUUUUUUAAAAAAAAACCUGAUUAAUAAUUGGGUUGGUUUGUAAAAAUUUGUCAUUGACAUCAGUGAUGUCUUUUUUAUAUAUAUCUAUAUAUAUUAAUAUAUAUAUAUAUUAAUAUAUAUAUGUAAAUUCUUCUGACUAUCUGGGCUCAAAAUACAUUCUAUUUUUGCCAGAUUUCUACAUGGAAUUGAGAGAAUUUUUUGAAUAAGUACUCAAGUUUCCUUGCAGUCCUUUCUGUAAAACUUGUACAGUUCCCUGAUUUGUACAGUUGCUAAGCUUUAUUGUGGAGGGAGAAAGAGAAUAAAUAUACCAAGAAUCUAAUAAUGUCUGACUCAUUCCAUUUUGGUACAACUUUGUUUUUAAAUUAUUAAAAUUAUGGAAUGUUUAAAAUAUUUAAGAGGUAGUGGUUUUACACUGUCUGGAGCUGUGAUGAGGUUUAUCGGGGUCACAGUUUUUACAAGACUGUAAUUGAUUGAAGCUUUUUAUAUGCUACUCUAUUACUGCAGCAAAAAUUUCAGCUUAAGUAUAAAACUUCAUCCCUCAGUGUUGCUGAGUCACAGUUCUGAUUAUAUGCUGCAUUUUCUUUAUUUUUGAUAAGACUUGCCUACAACAUGUUGAAUAUGCAUGUUACUAAAUGAAAUUGUGCAAAAACUGAGCUGUGAUAUUUUUCAUUAAAAAAAAUGAAUCUUUUAAU